UUAUGGAGGGUAAGGAUGAAGAAUGAAACAUCAGCCGAAUCGUGAAAUGGCUCGACGAAUGGUGAUCGAAUUGUUGAAUUUGGCGCACGCUGUUGAAAAUUAAAUUGUAAGCCAAGAGGCUAAUGAAUAUUUGUUAAUCAUUGUAUACUAGCUGCGGAGAAAUUAGGAAAACAUAAGGAGCAGUUUUUUUUAGGCAUUAAAAACACAGGAGAACAUAUCUUCAAUGGCUGAUACACCAUGGAACGUAUUGGUAACUGGGGGUGCUGGUUAUAUUGGUUCUCAUACAGUAUUGGAGCUUCUAAUUGCAGAUUUUCAGGUGGUGGUUAUUGAUAACCUUAAGAAUGCUUACAAAGGAGCAUCAGCUGAUAAGCCUGAAUGUAUUCUCCGAGUGGAGAAGCUAGCAGGGAAAAAAGUAAACUUUAUUAAUUGUGAUAUUACUGAUAAAGAUGCACUAAAUAAAGUCUUUAAACAGUAUUGUUUUCAAUGUAUUAUACACUUUGCUGCCUUAAAGGCAGUUGGCGAAUCCUGUGAAAUACCAUUGGAGUAUUAUAAAAUAAAUGUAGGCGGUACAUUAAAUCUCUUGGAAGUAAUGCAAGAGAAUGAUGUAAAAAAUUUCAUUUAUUCGAGUAGCGCAACCGUAUACGGAGUUCCAGAAAAAUUGCCUCUUGAUGAGAAUAUGAAAACGGGUAAUUGCACCAAUCCUUACGGAAAAACAAAAUACAUGGUAGAAGAAAUUCUUAAGGAUCUAUGUGUAUCAGAUAAGGCAUGGUCUGCAAUUUCUCUGAGAUAUUUUAAUCCCGUUGGUGCACAUCCAUCGGGAGAGAUCGGUGAGGAUCCAAAUGGAAUUCCAAACAAUUUAAUGCCAUUUAUAGCACAAGUAUCUGUACUGAAACGAAAAUUUCUUCAAGUUUAUGGAAACGAUUAUGAUACUCCUGAUGGAACUGGAGUACGAGAUUACAUUCACAUUACGGACUUGGCAGUAGGUCAUGUGAAGGCAAUGGUUUAUCAGAAGUCUAGUGCUCCAAAGGGUUUCGAAGUGAUAAAUCUAGGUACAGGAAAAGGAUGUUCAGUUUUGGAAGUAAUCAAGGCCUUUGAAAAGGCCUCUGGGAAGAAAAUUCCGUAUAAAAUUGUUGGACGUAGACCUGGUGAUAUUGCAGCAAGUUAUGCUGAUGCUAGUCUUGCAAAUAAACAACUCCAGUGGUUUGCUACCAAGAAUAUAGAUGACAUGUGUGCUGACACGUGGCGAUGGCAACAAAAUAAUCCCAAUGGCUACAAACCAAAAGCUUUAUGAAAAAGUUAG